AUGAACAAAUUAAUUUUGAUUACCCUGGUGGUUCUGUGCGCGGUAUGUUACCUCAGUUCGGUAGAUGGUGAUCCGAUACCUAAGCGAAAGCAUCAUCACCAUCGCCGACAUAACUCGUCGGAAGAAAAAGGAGAGCGAAAGCGCAAAGAAGGCCACAAAGGGAAGCGUAAUGGAUCUUCUUCGGAAGAAAGUAAAGAAUCGCACGAGAACCGCGGCCACAAAGGGAAAGGUCCGGGACGGAACCGUGGAAACAAUCGCAAUAGGACUUCAAGUACGACAUCGACCAGUACCACCACAACUGAAACGACGCCCACCACAUCAACGACGACCGUUAGUUCCUGUUCUACAACACCAACCAGCAGCAGCUCGACUCCAUCUACAAUAAGCUCUUCGACGCAGUCGUCGACUUCCACAAGUACAAGUACUAGCACCAGUACUAGUACUACACCAAGACAGCAAGACGAAGAUCAGGAUCGGCAAAGGACUCCUAAGAAGCCGAAAGGUCAAAAAGGAAAACGUGAAGGUCAACCAAUUGACAUGGCAUAA